AUGUUUAAGUCUGCCAGUUAUAUUCUGUGCUGCUGUGCUGUCUUCGCUUUGCAAGGAUCUUGGGCAGCAUCCCCGGAAAAAGGACAAUCCGUGUGUCUACUGAGUGAUCCACCCAACCAAUGUGGCCAAUUCUGCCUGAGAACACUGGGCCCGAUGCAAUCCAAGUUGGCCUCCAUCGAAGGCAAGCAGGAUGUCAUGCAGACCAAACUCCUGGCGGUUCAAUCCAGGCUGGAAGCACAGAGGACAUCCCUAAUGUCCAAGCUGGAAGACCAGACGACGUCCUUAAAGAGCGAACUGGAUGGCCAACUUAAAGGACAGAACACAGAAAUCCAAAGCAAGCUGGACAGCCAACUUCAGGCAGUACAAUCUGCAAUUAAGGAAGAGAAAACAGAAAUCCAAAGCAAGAUGGAUGGCCAACUUCAAACGGUAAACUCCACGCUGGAAGCCCAGGGAUCCAAACUGAAUCACCAACUUCAGGCAUUGCAAUCCGCAUUGGAAGCACAGCAGGUAGCAGAACAAAGCAGGCUGGACAGUCAACUUCUGGCGUUGCAAUCCGAAAUGAAGGCACUCCACACUAACAUUGUGAAUAGUAUACUUCUGGCGGUUCAGGAAAAGCUGGACGAGCAUAAGGCUGAUCUGCAGGAAUCCUUAAAGAAAAUGAUCACCAGAGAGGACUUCGAGGCUAGAGUGAACGAAACAGAAGGCAAAAUUGGGGCUGUUCAGGCCAAUCUGCCGGCAUUACAGACCGCAAUUGAACACCAACUGAAUGCGCUUCAAAAUCAAUCAGGAAGUCAACAAAAGACUCUUCUGGAAAACCUUUCCAAAAUGAAUUCAAAGAUCGCACCACCAAAGUUCGAGCUUAUAGGAUCUAGAUACUUUUAUAUUGAACAGAAUCUUAAGCAAAAUUGGUCAACGGCUGCAGCAUCUUGUCGUCAAAUGGGAGGAUAUCUCGCUGCCUUCCGAGACGAGCAGGAAUGGAGUGCCGUUACACUGAAACUUCGAAAUGAUUGGUAUUGGAUUGGCAUCAACGAUAUAGACAACGAGGACGAGUUCGUAUCAGUAGCUUCUGGCAGACCAGCACCCUUUUUUUUAUGGAAUAGUGGCGAACCGGACCAUUUACUCAAUCAGGACUGCGUUGGGAUAAAGAAUACAGAAAUGUAUGAUUCUCCGUGUCGCGAUGAAGAGUUGUUUAUUUGCCAAUGGGACAAUGAAAUAUAG